AUGUCCAGCCAGAUACAGCACCUGGUCGAUUGGGGUGAAAUAGACCAGGUGCUGAACAACCUGGACUCGGAUUAUGAGCGCCAGUCAUGCGAGCUGCCUCUACGAGGUCCAUUUUCAGUAUUUCAGUCCAAAGGCGCAGUAGCCUCUGAAUCGCCUGAUCAGCCUCUCCCAUCACCAUUGGCUCUAUGGGACCCGAUCUCUCCAGAUGUGCACCAUGUCCCCAUUCCGCAAAUCACCGAUCUACCCAGCCCUUGCCCCUGGGAGGCACCUGGGUUGGAUGUCUCCGACCUCCCAUCCUUGGACGACUUGCAGAUGCUCCCAGUCGUCGACAACGAUGAGGACCCUGCGCUGAACCUGUCGUCCUUCGACAUGAUCCUUGAAUCCUCACCAGUUAAUGAUGCUCUAGCAAUACCUUCUCCUCUUGCUUCCCAUAUGAGCAGUGGCCUCGACCAACGCCUCGGUCCAUCGAUAUCUACCCAUGCAAAUUUCCUCCUUCAACACUACAAGGCUCAGACUGGAACACUAUUCUCUCCCCUCCGCGUUCGCAAGUCGCCGUGGAGCAUACUGCAUUUCCCACGCGCUCUCUCUGCCCUAUCGGAGCUGAACAUCUUCAACAAGACAAAACAUGCUCCAAUGUCGCUUUUAUACUCUGUGCUCGCAGUCAGCGCUUUUAACUGGGACAACAUCUGCCGAGAGCAAAAGAACAGCACGACUUACUGGCGGAAUGUUGGAGAAGGAUUCUGGCGUGGAGCGAAGAAGGAACUCGAAUGGACCUGCGAAACCGAGUUGGCUGGAGAGAAGAGUUCAAAGUACAAGGAUAUUCUUAUGGCUAUCUUAACAAUGGUUACCAUUACUGUUGUCACUGGCCAACAGGAGGAGGCUCGAUCAUUCUUACUCAACGCCGAGCUAUUCAUCAGUCUUCGGGGCGCUCCGAAAGUAAACAAGUCCAAAAAGGUGAAGUUGCUUCACGCUAUCUAUUUAUUUCUUCGGGUCAUCGAAGAGAGCACAUACAUGUACCCCUCAGAAAAACACCCCCUCAUGAGCCCAUCUCGAUCCCAAGACAAGAUGAUGUUUCCAUCAUUAAGGACACACAGCCUUUGUCUGGGGAGAGAUCUCGACGAGUCUUGCGGUAUGGACUUCGAAUUUGGGCUCUUUGGGGAAUUGGGGACCGACUGCGACUCAUCAAACACUGCAUUUUUCAAGGAAAUCUACGGCGUCCCGCAGGAGUUGCUCUCCUUUAUCUCGCGUUCGACAUAUCUCGCAAACGAGAUCGCAAAGCUUCGGAAUAGGGACCCUGGGUUUUCCAUGACUGCCAGGCUUGAAAAUUGGUGCAGCGAACUCGAAAACGAGCUCUGUUCCUGGAACAAUCAAAAGGGCAGUCUCAACGGCGAGGUAGACCCGGCGACGGUGCUCACUAGCCGUGCCAUCAUGCACCACCUAAUAGCUGCCUUCCAUUGCGCCGUCAUCAUAUUCUUCUACCGGCGAGUACGGCAAUUAAAUCCCCUUCUGCUCCAGCCCUACGUCGAGAAGACCAUUACCAACCUCGAGCGGUUCGAGCAAGAGCAGCGAAACUUUUCACAGGUCAACUGUGGUAUUGUGUGGCCUGGAUUCAUUGCUGGUGCUGAGGCACUAGACCCUGAUCUACAGGCUCGCUUCGAUCGACGCUUGCGAGGUUGCGCGAAGUUCAGCGGGAUGUGGAACUUUGACCUUGCGGCCGACUUUCUGCAGGAUCUGUGGAGACUUCGUCGAGAGAAAUCAGAUGUCAAUAUCACCUGGAUGGAUAUGGUCAGAGACCGACAACUGGCACUGGUUCUGACUUGA